AUGGCUGCUAUACGCCUGGAUGAAAAGCAAGAACGCAUUGGAAACAUACUUCAAUCAUCUCUCAUAGAUAAAACUAGUGCUGCAGCAUCUUCACAAUUAAUAACCAGGGAAGCUUCUCUGGAUCCAUUGGCUUCAAGCACAUGGGAGGAGGUUUCCCCAGAAGAUGUGCUUAUCACUCCAGUGCAGUGCAAGGCUUUGUGGAGACAAUUUCAGGCAGAAACGGAGUACACAGUUACUCAAGCUAUUUCAGCUCAGGAGGCCUUCAAGCGGAGUAACAAUUGGUUACCUCCUCCGUGGGCAAUAAUGGCUAUGGUCAUACUUGGUUUUAAUGAAUUUAUGUUGCUACUAAAAAAUCCUCUCUACCUGUUGUUUAUAUUUGUUGCCUAUCUACUUGGUAAGGCCAUCUGGGUACAAAUGGAUAUAGCGGGAGAGUUUCGACAUGGCACUCUGCCUGGACUACUAUCCAUUUCAUCAAGGUUUCUUCCCACAGUUAUGAACCUUAUGAAACGUCUUGCUGAAGAAGCUCAGGGGAAUCAAACCCCUGAACAAUCUCAAGGAUCAGCUUCUCAGACACAGAUAUUCAGAAAUCAAGUGCAAAAACCUGAUUCAGUAUCAAGCUCAAUUUCCAAUGUAUCUAGUGUUGGCUCAUCUGUUGAUGAUAAUGAAUACUCAACUACAAACUUGUCUCAGAGGAGAAGAACAAACGUUCCAGAAGCCGAGUUUUCAUGA